UCUACGUGUGUGGCAGUGAGAACUAGUAUUUGAAAAGAGUUUGUGUCUUAUCGAUGUCAAGACUUUCAUUAAUGUAGAAAGAUGAAUAAUUCCACAAUGAUUAACGGUGUCAUGACUAUGUCUGAUAAUUCUGAGGCCAAAAUUCCACUAAUUAUUAUUUGGAUUGUGAUAGUUAUAGUCGGAGGUGUGGGAAAUACUUUAACAAUAUACGUUAUAUACAGACGCUCAGUGAAAUCAGCGACUAUUAUCUACAUUUUGAGCCUGGCAGUAGCAGAUCUCGCUUUUUUAACUACAGUGGUGCCUUAUAACUUUUCUCUCCGCAAGAUCAAUGUUCUGGUAAAGUUUGGCGACGCAGUGAUGGUUUUUCUCGCUUUUCUUCAGUUUAUAACAGUGCAUGUGACGUGCUGGACAUUGAUGGCGAUGACCAUUGACAGAUACCUGGCCAUUGUGUAUCCAGUAAAAUCAUUGAAAUGGAGAACAACGAAAACAUCAAUAAAGGUCUCCAUAGGAGCGUGGAUUGUCUCUGGAUUUUUGUCGAUACCAGCUGCUCUCCCCUACACGUAUAACUCGGACUUCUUAAAUGCAGUCGCAGUCGACAUCUUUUUGACGUCAUUCGGAAUUCCUCUGCUUGUUAUCAUAAUUUGUUACGUGAAAAUUAUCAGUGUCAUAUAUAAAAGAAACAAGGAGAUGCUUCAAAAGAAUACUGUGAGGAAAACCAGAAGAGCAGUCAAGAUGGUGUCUAUUUUAAUUCUCCUGUUUGCUUUUUCAUGGGGGCCGAUGCAAGUUCUAGCUAUGUUGUCGAAUCUAGAUCCCAAUUUUACAGAUCCUUCACAGUUUGAUAUACUUAGAAAGUUUUUAAACACUUUAGCGUAUACUAAUUCUUGCAUAAAUCCUUUUGUAUAUGCAUUAAUGAAUAAGGAAAUAAGAAAAGCUUUGGCAAGUAAAUUAUGCAUAAAGCAUGACCGUGUUUAGAAAUUGACCAAUGCCACACUUUAACUGCUGGCCACACUGUAACUGCUAACAAGUGUAUUUUCUUUGUUCUUGUUAUUUUAAAAACAUUUUGCAGAAAAAUGUAAUUUAAUCGCACAGAAAAUAUAAAAGUAAAAUGGUGGAGUAUAUUAAUGAUAAAAACUAACAAUGAAUGACAGAUAGCAUAUUUUGUGGUAGUACUUUUUGUUGAAUAAAAUUAAUUUCCAUUGUUA